AAACUGCAUAAAGAUAUGUGGAAAAAGUUGAAAAUCAAAGGGAAGAUGAAUCCUUGCAGAAGCGAUUUGAGAAAGGUGUGUGCAGAUGUUGCUACAUGGUUACCAGACGACAAGACUAGAUUUGCGUACUUGUCUAUAGUAUCUGUCAUCUUAGGUUAUGAUGAUAAGAAACGACUCAGUUCUGAAAUAUCUCGCAUGGUUUUUGAUUUACCAAAGUUUGAAAACUAUCCUUGGGGCAGACUGGUUUUCAAGCAGCUAAUUGAGUCUGUGAAGCGUAUAGAUUAUAAGGCACAAUCGUACACAAUACACGGGUUUAUACAAGCACUCCAAAUAUGGGCUUACACUGUUGUCCCCGCUCUCGGAGCAAAGAUCGGCCGUCCAUCAAAUGUUAAUGGUCCCCCUCUUCUGAAGUUCAAAGGUGCAAAGGGCAAAAGUAAUAUUGAUAUACAUUCCACCGUAGUUGAAGAUGAGCUUAACAUAAAAAAAUUUGUAAUUAAUGCUUCGACAUCCGCUGUUUGGGAGGAUAACAUUGUUGACAAGGAGAUUCAUGCUCUAGUCGACGCUAUAUGCAAGGAAGGAGGUUUAGGAGCUGUUACUUGGGUGAAAGAUGGUUUAAACAACAUCCAAUUGGAAAAGAGCAUAGAGGGAGAAUUAGGUGUAAAGGGUGAAGAGGAUAAAACAGAAGACGAGGAUACAAAGAUAUCACGAAAACGCAAAAGAGAAGUGAAUACAAUGGGUAAAAGGGAAAUAGAAACAUUGGAUUCAAAAGCAUCACUGGUUUCUUUUAGUGAGAUAGUUGAAGCGCUGAAGUUGAGGGUCGAGCAAGACGCAAAAAAGUUGGAGGUGUUUGAGGCUCAAUUAGAGGCUAUGAAAAAUCAGGUACAAUGCAUCGAAUUGUUAAGCUUAAGAGUUGAACUUCUCGAGAAAGAAGUGAUGUUACUAAGUGAGAAGAUAAAGACUAAUGAGGUUUUAAAACCAUACCAGCUGAAAGAUUAUAGUGACGUUGAAAUGCAUUUGGAUGAGUUGCAUGCUAACCUAAAUGCAGUAAAUGAUACAAGACAAAAGACUCUUGAUUCAGAUGGAGAGAAUCAUGAACCAAUAAUUACACGAGAUAAGAGCCAAAGGGAGACAAAACUGGGGCCAUCUUUGCGAACACCAUAUCGGGGAACUAAACCAGCUAUAGGUAUGACAACCAUAAUCAACCAGUCAAUGGCAAUUGUUGGACGUGGAUAUGAUCCAUUCGCACCGGUGGAUGAGCAAAAAGUUAAGCAUAUUAAUAGCUGUAUGGAUUUGCUACGAUUGAGAUUUAUGAAGAAUCAAAAAGCAUUCAGAAGUGAGAGGAUUGCUUUUGCAGAUGCUUAUUUCACCUCACUUUGGUCCAACGGUUACCAAGAAUUUCUGGGGUCAAAAGAACUACCUAUUUUCCCUAACGGAGCAUUUGAAUACGUUACCGGGGAACUACCAGCAUUUGCUAAAACAGGAAAGAAGUGGAGGAUAGAUGUGGACGACAUUUAUGGCGUUCUCCAUGUCAAUAAAAACCACUGGGUAGGACUAUUCAUUUCUAUCCCUAAUCGUUCUAUUGAUGUGCUUGAUUGUGGGUGGAAAUAUAACAAGAAUGAAGACAUUGUCAAAGCCGUGAAGCCGAUAGCUCAUAUGUUACCACAUUUACUUCGAGCUGGAGCACCACCAUACGAAAAGACAAAACUUAGUGUCGAACAAUACAAAAUUCGAAGGCCACGAACCAAGAUUCCCCAAAUGCAAAAAGCAGGUGAUUGUGGAAUUUAUGCUAUAAAGUUUGUCGAAUGCCAUGCAUUAGAUUUUGAGUUUACUACGUCUUUGUCCGAUGUCAACAUCAAGAUGGUUAGAGAGAAACUUGCAGCUGAGAUUUUUGACGAGACAGAGCAACAUGGGCGAACAAUCUCUAACCCAUUGCCAUUUGGAACAAAUGAUCGAGAGUUACUAAAUCCCUAUUGA